GAGAGGGGUGGUCAGUCAUGCAGGAGGAACGAGAGAGAGAUUGAGAGCGAGGGAAAGGCUUACAAGAGGAAGAGUCGGUCAGAGGGGGCUCCCUAAAAUUCAAGCAGUUUCUUACUGGCGUUUUUCCAGUCGGAUCUCUGUGUGUUCCUGUGAGAAUGAUUCCUGGAUUGUUCCUGAUAAGCUUCAGGCUGGGUUUUGAUGUGCAGCCUCACAAUGACCUAUUCUGCAUCAAGAGCGUCCAGUGAGCCUGUGGGACUGCUUUGCAGUCGUGUCAGAGUGAGAGGACAGAGUGGAGCAGACAUUGGAGAUGCUCUGGUGCUGAAUCACUGAAGCCCUGCACACUUACACACCAUUAAUGGAUUAGAGCAAAUCUGCUAUUGAUACUGUGACUGGCAAUGUCACAUUUUCGAGGGUCCUGCAAGAAGAUGACCCCCUCAGCUGGGAAGGCAGGGGGCCUUGAGAGAUUGAGGGAGAGAAUGGACUGUCCCCACACUGCCCAGAGAGGAGAGAGGGGGAGCAGCCUACCCCUGAACCCCCGCAAUCACAGGAGAGUGUGCUCCAUACUGUCUGAGGGGAGCCAGCAGGACCAUCGUGGGACAGAAUCAACCAGUAAGGGAGCAGUCUUAGUGAAGUCCCAGGACCAGCCCAAGGUACCCUGCUUACCUGUGAUUCAGAUCAGAACCGAGCAGACAACAGGGAAAGCCUCCAGUAAGCAGGUCUUCUUCCCUGCCUACUCAGCGUCCCAGCUGCCACAGCGCCCCUCGCAGGCCAGGAGGAAGAAAUGUGUUCCUGUGCUCAGUGUGGAGAUGAGCCCCUGGGGGGGUCCGUCCCUCUCUGAAUCCUCGUUCACAACCAUCCCCCCUCGAGAGAAGGAUAGAGUGCCCCCUGCUGGACAGGACACAGGGAGCAGGGGCAGAGCCCCCAGGAAGCCCCCCCUUCGCCCCCGGCUCCGCACAGCCACGCUGCCCCCCCUCCGCUCCGUCUCCAACCUCAGCUUCAGCCGCAGCUUCACCUUCUCAUUCUUUGAGCUGCCGGAGCACCAGACCCUGCAGCACAGACUGGAGAGACAGAGAGAGGUGCAGCUGCUAAUGAGGGAGCUGCAGCUCUGAGGGGAGAGAGAGGAGAGGGGAGUGGGGCACCUGUACUGAGGGAGCUGCAGCUCUAAGGGGAGAGGGGAGAGAGGGGAGUGGGGAACCUGCUUCUGAGGGAGUUGCAGUACUGAGGGGAGAGAGGGAAGAGUGGAACCUGCUACUAAAGACUGCCGGAUCACGUCUAAAGCGCAUCUUUUACUUAGAGGGAAUUACCAGAGAAGCAGGAUGUUUGCAACACGGUGGCUGUUGUGUUGAUAAUUGGCUUCGGGAAUUCAAAGUUUAUAUUAGUGUCUUGAAGUGGAGUUACUGGGAUUUUUUGCUGUGCCUCGCGCAGUCGAUGCCCUGGCUAAGGAGGACGGGUAGCCCCUAAACUGAAGCCUAACGCUACUGAAAGUGUAUUGUUCUGAUUCCUCAUUUUGGAUUAUAAAACAUUACUGUGAAGCCUCUAUCUGUGAAAAUAAAACUUGCUUUUUCACCUACUUUUCGUGUGGACUGGUGUCACUGAACAAAGCAACAGAGUUUGCUGCAGUACGUUAUAUAUCCUCUUCAGUCACUGCGUGUAAACUGGAGCAUGUGAAGUGUCCUGCCUCUAACUCCAUAGAGUUCACGCAAACUCUUUUCAAAUUACAAAAAUGUAUUUUGAAGUACUGACAGGAACUUUUCUUUGUGUUAAAGUUCAUGCAAUGUUUAGAUGUAACUGCGGAGUCAAAGCGCAGGAAAGCAGCCACUGAGGCGCACUGCCCCCUCCCGUGGACACGCACUGGUACUGCAGACAGAGGAGAAUGUGGAGCUGGGAGUCCUAACAACAACAUGCA